AAUGGCUGCGAGACCACUGUCAACGAGAGAUCACUGAACGCCUACCAUGACUGUCCGCUCCGCUGUCUGUAUCCACACAGAAUGUAUUUCCCAGGAGUCGUUUCUCACUUUGCAUUCGCGGUAGCCAGCCCGUUGCUAGUCGUCCAGCUGGCGACCUAAACAAAAAUAUUUAUUUUGCACUUUAAAACAAGUUGGCUGGCUGGCUGACGGCCGUCGGCUUGUUCUUAUGCGCGAGAACUCAUCGGCGAUUUUUAACGAAAACUGCCGGAUUCCCCCCUUUUGCAAAACCUCGCAACGAUCGACGACUUACAACGUCAACCAGCUAACGUCAGCUUGCAUUAUUUAGCUGCUUUUAAAAGUCAUUUUAUUCGCGUUAUUUUUUUGUUUUGUUUUUGUUGUUAGUGGUGCUUCGUUCCCCUCCCCGCCCCCCUGUAUAUCGUGACGUUUUAACAAACUGUUUUUCGGCUAGUGUAAUUUCAUGGAAUAUUGUACGUUUUCUUUGCUCAAAGUAUAAAUUACCGUACUUGCUGUGUGUAUAUCUGGCUGAGUAGCCGUUGUUUACCUCGGUAUCACCAAGCUGCUUCAGCAGCAGUAGUCGGCUUAUCUGCCAAAUCUGACUUUAAUUGCGACUGAAUCUCUGCUCCAUCUCUUUACGGGUAACUUCAGAAAAGACAUCGGAGAAUGCUUUUCUGCGUAUUAUUUUCUGACAUGCACCGACUCUUCACUGAAAGCUGCCAAAGCUGUGGUUAACGCAAGCUGAGAGAAGCUAGCGACAGAAGAAAGAGAACCAUUUGAUGGAAGAAAAGAAAAAGAAAAAACAAGAAGAAAAGACCAAGACGGACAUCGCUCAGAAAAAGGCUUCUGAUCAGAAACCCAAAGUGCCAGAGCCUGCUCCCACUAAGCCCAGUCCCGGCCCACCCCACCACCUCCACCCCGCCAACCCUACGCUGCCCCUCUUCUCCUCCUCUUCUUCUUCUGGCAAUGGCAAGCGCGCCUCCUCCAGUAGCCAACUCCCGACUCAGACUCCCCCUCAGCCGCAGUGCCAGUUGUCCUCUGCCAGUGCUCGUUACCCGCCCAGAGAGGUGCCCCCACGCUUCCGCCAGCAGGAGCACAAGCAGCUACUGAAGAGAGGCCAGCCACUGCCUGCAGGAGCCCUCAGCGCUCUCACCCUCUCCUGUUCCUCUUCCUCCUCCUCUUCGCCUUCAUCUUAUUCUUCUUCUUCUACGAUUACCAGCAGCACUUUCCCGAACUCUACCACGUCCACUGCGAGCAAACACCACCAAGACAUAUCCCUUCAGAGUGGCUCAGUUCCCCAGUAUGAGGCCUCUCAUUGGGGAGCCUCUUUGCCAGUUGACAGCUCCUCCAGUGCCAAUAGCUGGGACAAAGUGAUUAUUGACAAAAGUGACACAGAAGCUUGGCCCUCCAUCAGCCGCAGUAGUGACCCCAGCCACCCCGCAGCACCAGAAUGCUCCUUGGGCUCAGCUAGCUCUAACGCAGACACCAGUGCUGUCACUACCACCACCAGUAGUAGUUUUCUGAGUAUGGCCACAGGUGCCGCAGGCCAGCAGGCCCACUACCCUUCUCUUAAAGCUAACAAUAACAUGAUGACGGGACCUGGGUCAGCCAGCACAUGUGGUAAUAGAGGCUGGGGCUCAGAUGGGAAACAAGAUGGUAUGAAUGGUGGCAGAGUAGGAGCGCCCAAUAACUGGGGCUCUCCCAAUUUUAACUUGAACCUCAAUCCCAAUGCCAACCCAUCAGCCUGGCCUGUUCUGGGACAUGAGGGUGGUGGGGGUUGUGGUAUUGGCCCCAACGCUGUGUCAAACUCCCAAUCCCUCCCACCAGGUAUUAAUGGCAAUGGAAACAUGGGAAAUGGAAGCCUGGGAGGUGCAGAUAAUGGCGGGGGAGGUUGGAUUGGCAUGAUAAGUGCUAACGAAAAUGAUCAACAGCACCCUUCAGCCAACACAAGCUUGUCCUUCAAAAUGGAAUCUUCUAACCUUAACACUGACGGACCAAACCACACUAAGCAGCAGCAAGCUCAUGAGCCAAUGAGCCCUAUCCAUGGGUUAACUGGCUGGGGAGGCCAGUCACCCACUGAAUCAUCUCAGCUCAAUGGGGACACAACAGGCAGCUCUGUAUGGGGUAGUGGAGAAACCAAGGCAGCUGACUCUCCCAAAGACUCAGGCUGGGACUCAACUCCCUCUGCAGGUCUUUCUGCCUGGGGCCGCCAAGGCAGUGGUGGUGGGAGUAGUGGAAGUGGUGGCUGGGGUGACUGGGGGAAAUCCUCUGGUGGCGGAGACACAUCUAAAGGCUGGGACACAGUAGACGCUGGUAGCUCUGGUUCAGGCCAAGAGCAGCAACUUAGCUCAUGGGGCCAGCAGCCCAGAACAGCCCCAGCAAGCGACGGUAGUGGGGACAGCAGCGAAAGUAAAUCUGGCGACAGAGACAGGUCCUCCAGCACGGAUUGUACCCCUCUGUUCCCCCGGCAGGACCUGGACCCUAGGGUGCUGAGUAACACGGGUUGGGGACAGACCCCCAUCCGUCAGCACACUGUAUGGGAGAUGGAAGAAGCAAAUUCUGAUGAUGGGAAGAGCAAAAGCAGCUCAGACACCAUGGGAGGCUCCAGCUCUAAUGGUGGACCCUCAUCCGUCAAUGGAGGUAUCAUCAACCCGAAAAUUUGCCCCAGUCAGAGGCCUGGGUCUGGAGAAAAAAAUGACAGUGAAGGAUUAUCAUCCUCAGGCUGGAGAGCCCCUCCACCUCAGCCUAUCCAGACUGGAUCAGGAUGGGGGGACCCCCCACAGUCACUCAGCAAAGCACCAAAUAGCACUACCAGUGGCUGGGGUGACCCUUUGCCUUCCAGUGGUCCUAGAAAUGGAGGCACACCAUCUUGGGGUUCUGAGGACAAGUCACCCAGUUGGGAUGAUGGCCAGAAGAAAAGUCAGCCCACUAGCUGGGGAGAUGGCCCCAAAAACUCCCAUGGAUGGGGCAACAAUAAUGGGGGCUCCAAUGGCUCCAGCACAGGGGAGUGGGGAGAGGCGGAGGUCAAGAAGAACGGAUCCUCCAGCAGCAUGUGGGAAGGAGAAGGAGGAAAUGGAGGAAGUGGUGGAUGGAAGGAAAGCCCCAGGGGAGGAAAUAGAGGAGGAGGAGGCUGGGAUAAGCCUGCUCCUACUGUGAGUAAUACCAGCUGGGGGGAGACCCCACGUGCCAAUGGCCCAGUACAAGGAUCAUGGGGCUCUUCCAAGCCCCAGGAAAGCAGCAGCAGCAGCAGCACUGGUAGCGGAGGAGGUGGAAGCAUGGGUUCAUGGGGUGGUCCUGGUACUGUGAAGCAGAACACAUCAAGCUGGGGCAAUGGCAGCAAACAGGACCAGGGCAUGGAUCCUACCGGCUGGGAAGAGCCCUCCCCUCCCUCCAUCCGCAGGAAGAUGGAGAUUGAUGAUGGAACGUCCACCUGGGGCGAUCCCGGCACCUACAAGAAGACUGUCAAUAUGUGGGAUCGCAAAAAUCCCAAUAAUAACACAGGCAACAGCGGCCCACCUCCCAGUAAGAAUGGUGGAGGGAUUAUCCCCAACAAUAACAACAACAUUCACUCUGUCGGCCCUGGCAACAACAAUCACCAUCACACUCACCACAUGCACCACCAUCCCCAUCAUGGCCAGCCCCCAACUCACCUGCAACACCAUGGAAACAACAAUGGGUCAUCCAGUAAUGGCCCCCCACAUUCAAGCGUGGGGACCCAGGGUAGACCCCCCCUCGCCAACCCAGGUUGGGGAGAGCUUCCGAGUGUUCAACCCAAGUCAGAGCCUGCUUGGGGAGAGCCAGCAGCUCCAAUAUCAAGUGUGGACAAUGGCACCUCGGCCUGGGGCAAGCCCUCAGGGGGAGUAGGAGGAUGGGGAGAUGGUGGCCAUGAGCCCUCUGGACCCUAUGGCAGGGCCAACGGACCCACCGGUUCUGCACCCUGCAAGCCAGGCCCCAAACCUAUGCAAGAUGGCUGGGGAAAUGGAGGAGAGGAGAUGGGCAUGUCUACUGGUCAGUGGGACACUGAGGAUGGGGACAUGUGGAACAGCCCCACCUCCCAGGAGAGCAGCUCUUCUUGCAACUCCUGGGGCAAUGGACCCAAGAAGGGCCCAAGCAAGGGGAAGAUGGGUAAGCCAGAUGAUGCUUGGAUCAUUAACCGUCUGAUCAAACAGCUCACUGACAUGGGCUUUCCGAGAGACCCUGCUGAGGAGGCUUUGAAGAGCAACAACAUGAACCUUGACCAGGCCAUGAGCGCCCUGUUGGAGAAGAAGACGGACCUGGACAAGCGGGGCAUGGGCAUGUCUGAUUACAGCAACGGCAUGAACAAGCCCAUGGUGUGUCGGCCCUCUGCACUCUCCAAAGACCCCUCCGAACGCACCUCCUUUCUUGAUAAGGAUGGUGUUCUGUCAGAUGAUGCCCCCCCCUCACCAUUUCUGCCUUCCCCCAACCUGAAGCUCCCCCUGGCCAACAGUAGCCUUUCUGGGCAGGGUCUGGGACAGGGCAACCCGGGGCUGGCCAUGCAAAACUUGAACAACAGACAGAUACCCAGUGGAAUGUUUGGCAGUAGUGGAGCAGCACAAACCCGGGCCAUGCAGCAGCAGCCUCCUCAGCCACCAGUGCCACCUCUCAGCUCCUCCCAGCCUAGUCUACGUGCUCAAGUGCCUCAGUUUCUUUCCCCUCAGGUCCAAGCACAGCUCUUGCAGUUUGCAGCAAAAAAUAUUGGUCUGAACCCUGCACUUUUAACCUCACCAAUAAACCCUCAACAAAUGACCCUCUUGUACCAACUUCAGCAACUGCAAAUGGCAUACCAGCGUUUACAAAUCCAGCAGCAGAUGAUGCAGGCGCAACGCAAUGUUUCCGGCCCCAUUAGACAGCAAGAGCAGCAAGUUGCACGUACAAUCACCAACAUGCAGCAGCAGAUCCAGCAGCACCAGCGUCAGCUGUACCAAGCGCUGCUGCUGAAGCAGCAGCAACUUCCCUCCCAUUCCUCUUCCUCCUCCGCUGGUCUGCAUCCCUCCGGUGGCCCCGUCGGAGUCCAUGGUUCCGGAAAAUCAAACCUGGACCCCUACACAAGCCCACACCAGGCUCCGGGCCUAGCCGACACACUGCACACCAAAGAGCCACCGUCUUCGUCCAACGCCUACAGCACCUACCCUCUCUCUGGACUGAAUCCAAACAUGAAUGUAAACUGCAUGGAGGUUGGGGGUUUGUCCCUAAAGGAGCCCCCUCAGCCCCAAUCCCGCCUGUCCCAGUGGACACACUCCAACUCCAUGGACAGCCUCUCUGGCAACUCCUCAAACAUGGAGAACAACCUCAAUAAGCACGGUGCCAUAUCUGCUGCCUCUACCCUGUGCCCCCCUGGUAAGCCCCCCCAGCUGGAGGACUCAUACAGCCCUUACAAUCUAAUGUCCAGCUCUGAGUCCCCCAACAGCCCCCUGGUACCCUCGGACAGUUGGGGACAGAGCAAGAACCCCAAUGAAAAGAUCUCCAAUGGGACCAACAUUAACUGGCCCCCAGAGUUCUGCCCAGGUGUGCCAUGGAAGGGCCUUCAGAACAUCGACCCUGAGAAUGACCCCAACAUGACCCCUGGCAGCGUCCCCAGCGGUCCCACCAUCAACACCAACAUCCAUGACGUCAAUCGAUAUCUGCUGCGGGACAGGAAUGGAGGUAAACUGUCUGACAUGAAGUCCACCUGGUCCCCAGGGCCCAUCUCCCAGAGCCAAGCCUCUCUGUCCCAUGAGCUGUGGAAAGUCCCUCAGGGGCCGCGCAGCAACGCAGCCCCUUCCCGGCCCCCGCCAGGCCUCACCAACAACAAGCCCUCUUCCACCUGGGGUGGAAACUCUCUGGGCCUGGCCCAAGGCUGGAGCGCCACCUACUCCUCUGAGGGAACCACCUGGAGUACUGACAGCUCCAACAGGACCAGCAGCUGGCUGGUGCUUAGGAAUCUCACCCCACAAAUUGAUGGUUCCACUCUGCGAACCCUGUGCAUGCAGCACGGCCCCCUGAUCACAUUCCAUCUCAACCUGACCCAGGGGAACGCUGUGGUGCGCUACAGCUCCAAGGACGAGGCUGCAAAGGCCCAGAAAUCUCUGCACAUGUGUGUGCUUGGAAACACCACCAUCCUGGCAGAGUUUGCCGGUGAGGAGGAGGUGAACCGCUUCUUUGCACAAGGCCAGUCGCUGGGGGCUAACACCACUAGCUGGCAGGCCAACCCAGGAACCAAUCAAAACCGGAUGGGCGGGGCAGCACAGUCCCACUCCAUUGGCCAGUGGAGCAGCGGUGGAGGCAAGCCCAGUGGAGGCGACCUGCUGUGGGGCGGUGUGCCCCAGUACUCCAGCCUGUGGGGGCCGCCAAACGGAGAGGACGCCCGCGUGAUCGGGAGCCCAACUUCCAUUAACACCCUGCUGCCUGGAGAUCUGCUGAGUGGGGAGUCCAUGUAGGAUGAUGCCACAAUACACUAACCAACCAACCAACCCACCACCACGUCAUGUAAGCCAUCGUUGGAGGGUGGGGCGGAAAAAAAAUACAACAAAAAAAAAAAAAAAUAUGAACAGGAGCAAAACCCAAGCAAAUCAUGUGGCGAUAAUCAGUAUCAAUUUGAACUGUUUUGAACUGUGAAUUGUGAAUUGUGAAUCAGAAGGCCGGGGUCCCUACCACAUAGACUGCAGACUCCAGUCCUUCUGUUUUGCUUUUGUCCUUUUUUUUUUUUUCUUUUCUUUUUUUUCCUUUUGGUAUUUUUGAAAACCAUCGUAUAAAACAAACUGAAGUGAGACACAACACAAAGAAACCUUUCAAGUGUUUUAAGUUUUUCCAUAAGUAUACAUGACAUUCUGUGUGAAGUUUUUUUUUUUUUUUUUUUUUUUUUUUUUUUAUUAGGAGAAGCAAUCAAAGCUGCCAUCUGAGACUUUCCUUUUCCCUCCAAAAAAAAAAAAAAGUCAUCCCAAAAUAAGACUUAAAACGACCAUUCCCAGCAUGUCCAUGGCCAAUGAUGUGGUUCAAAGACCUUUAGACUAGUUAACGUUUGUUUCUCAGCACUAAUAUUAGCCUUAAGUGCUCUCUGGCCCAGGUCCUUCCCAAGCCGCCUUUUUUAGUUUGUUUUGUAACUGAAGAAAUAGCUGAAAUCUUGCACAGUUUCACCUCUGAGCCAGCAAGUGGUACAGGACAUGGCUGGUGACCAACUCUGUCACUGGGCAGUAAAAAGGCCUGGCCACGUGACUGGCCCUACCAAUCAUCAGCUUAAUUAUUUAGAUUUUGUAUUCUCAAAGGGAUUGACACAGCUGUUAAAUGUUCUUUUUUUUUUUUUUUGUAGAUCUAGACCCAAGCGCAUUUUUUGAUAUCUAUCACAUAUAAGCUGAGAGAAGAUUAUUUGUCAACCUUGCUGCGUGUCUCCGUUUCCAUACAUGUCUAUGUAUGUCCGGUGGCACCUAAUCAUUGACGUCAGCAAGCCCAGAUUGUUCUGGUCACCUUAAACCCAGUCGCUUACUGAUGCUUUGUUGAAUUUUCUAUUGUCGGAUUUGUUAUGAAGCCCAGUCCAUAUGGUCUGCCAGUUUUCGGAGGAAAAAAAGAACACAAUUUCAACUUUAGUUACAUUGUGCAAUAUACACCAUAGACUUUUCUUCCGUCCAUACUCUAUGUCCACCGGAGCUGGUUUUUCUUUUCUUUUAGUUUUUUUGAUUGUUGCUGAUUGCAGCAAAAGACUGGAACUUCAAAAACCUUUACCCCCUUUCAAAACUUGGAUUCCCUCCAGGCCGCCAAUCUCCCUGAAACUGUUGGGAAAACUCUGCAAAGAGGAAGAAGCAGCUGUUGAACUGUGCAUGCAGCAAAGUGUACUAAAGAGUGACUGGGUACACAAUAUUGCACACUUCCUCUCUGCCACAGCCACACCCAACAGAGACUGAAUCUACUACAGUGGGAUUGGAUGGUUCUGGGUCUCUGGCACAAUACCAAAUAAGGUUUCUCCUAAUGCAGUAGACCUACGAGUGUUCUUUGUGUUUGGUACUGUACAAACAGAAGAGACUAAGACUUUUAUAAAUUCAAAGGGUUUUAUCAUAGCACUUAUGAAGAGCAAAUCGCUUCAACUGCAAUCCAAUAAAUCAAAAAAGGAGCAUCAUAAACAUUGAAAACAAAAAAAAAAUACUGCUCUUUUAUGUACUAUAUCUAUUCCUUGGAAAUGUGUCUGCCGUUGUUCCUCUGGUAGCAGGAUGAAGGGAAACAAAACUGAAAUGUACCAUUGGACAUUGGGGAAAAAAAAAAAAACUGCAGUCAAUGAUUUUUUUUUUUUUUUUUUUUUUCCUUCUUUGAACAAUAUCAAAGUGAAUAUCACUGUUACUCCAAAUGUUAAGCCUUGUUCUGUUUGGAGGCACUAGACUUGCAACGUCAGCUGUCUCUGACACCCGCUGGCCAGUCAGCCAGUCGAUGGGUGAGUCGGAGUGGGGUGGGGAGUGGGAGUGUCCACUGAGUGCCUCUCUGCUGUGGUCCUCUGGGUGUCAAGCGGCAGCCCCACAGCGCAGCACUUCCUCCUGGGCUCCACUUGACCCUCUCUCAGUCUGGCAAGAAAUGCGGCUCCUCCAAGACCGGCCAAUCGCGGUUCUCCGCCACACACGGCAUCUCCAACCGGGGACCCGCCACCGCUCGACCCUGCUAUCAUCCUGCCCUCUCCCCCAUCUCUCAGUUCUUUGACACAAAGAUCACUUUAGCUGGAAGAUGUAAUAGUCAUAUUUCUGGAAUUUUUGCCAGUGUACUUUUUUUUUUUUUUUUUU